GUCCUCCUCCCUGCCAGUCCAUGAUGGCCACCAACAAGGCUAUGGAGGACGUUCAGAUGGGCACCAAAAGGCCUUCCAUCGACAUGGAAUCUUUAAAGUGCAAGAAGUUCAAGGCAGAUGAUCUUCCGAUUUCUGCUGCACAGCAUGCGGCAAUCGACAAACUGCUUCACUCGUUCAAAAAGAAAGGCGGAUUUGACAGCAUUCGGAAACAGAUAUGGGCUGAAUUCAACGAUGGGGACUCAAAAACCAACUUCACGAAUCAAUUAAUCACACUGGCCGAAUCGGAAAUCGAACGCGAACCUGCGCAUCUUUCCCGCGAGAGAGGCAAAGCUGCGACACUUAUCGAGGGUGCAGUCGACCGAAGCGAUGUCUACAAGAACGUCGAGGAUUCCAUUGAUCAAUUAGCGUCAAAGCAUCUUCAGAAUAUUCUGAACUCCGUUCGCGCAAUUCGCCGCGAAGAGAUCGGUGAAAAGGCCGCUUCGAAAGAGGAUUUCGCCGGCAGCAAAACAGAUCAGGACUACGAAGCUUUUGUCAGGGCCAAACGCGACGAACGAGAGAAGAUUUGGCGAGAAGAAAUGCGCAAACAGAAAGAACUUGAGGACGAACAAAAGCGUAUUAAGGAAGAGGAAAAACGAAAGAAGCGUGAGUUGGAGCGACAAAAGGAAGAAGAGGAAAGGGCCAGAAGGAAAGAGAUCGAUGACAAACGAAGGGCUGAGCGUGAGCGCAUACGUGAGGAACAAAGAGCAUUCGACGAGCGGCGAGAUCGAGAGCGAGAAGAGCGAUACGAACGAAGGAGGCGAGAGGAUCGAGAUCGGUAUCGUGACCGUUACCGCGAUCGCUCCCCCGCAUAUCGGUCUGAUCGUGGACUGUCCCCUCGCAGUCGGGAUCCCAAACAAGAGAAGUCUACGGCGUCCAAAGACCCAACACCUGCGCCACUACUCCCUGCCGUUGAUGAAAAGUCACUGGAAGAGGCUGCGCUACAAAUGUUAUUGAAAGAAGGCGAGGAGCUUGCAGCCAAGGCUCGGCAGAAGCGCGAGUUCGAUUUCGAGGAAGCCGAAGCUAUCGAAAAUGGCCUCAAGCCGCCUUCUACUUCUGCACCAGCCAAGAAUUCCACAACUUCAACUAGAGCUCCCAGUCCGUCUCGAACCUCGAGGAGGGCUGAUUCCACCUUUGACCGUUCCGAUCGCACUCGACAUCCCACCAGAGAUCGAAGCCGCAGCCGCAGCGUCUCUCAUCGACGACACGCGUCUCGGUAUGACCCCGAUCGUCGUCGCGAUCGUUCCCGGGAUGCCUCUGUCAGAUCUCGAGACCGUGAUAUGGAGGAACGCCGGGGCUACCGUGAUUUCCGUGAUUUCCGCGAAGAACGCAGCUAUCGACCCGCCCGGCGCAGCCGUAGCCGGUCAGCUGUCAGAGGAGGACGAGACCGUGAUCGCGAGCGCGAGCGUGAAAGAGACCGCAGCGCUGACAGGAAUAGAGACAGACUUCGCGAUCGAGACCGGGACCGUGACCGUGACCGUGACCAUGAUCGAAAGCGAUCCAGAUCGCGCGACCGAGAUCAUGACCGGCGGCGCCCUGAUCGAAGCCGCGAUAGAAGUCGAGAUCGGGAUCGUGCUGGUGGUGACGAUUAUCGUCCUCGCCGAGCUCGACACUCUCGGUCUCCUUCCCGCCGACGCUCACGCUCGCGAUCUCGCCACAGAAAUCGCAGUCGGGAGCGCCAUCGUUCACGUUCACGAUCUGCUGCUCCUAGACGACGCUCCCGUUCCAAGUCGAACACACGACGAAGGUCACGUUCACGUCGCAGAUCACCUCCAAGACGGGCUUCUCCUGGCUCUCUAGACAUCGACCGCUAUGUCCCCGUGACAAGUACUCGCAGUCGGUCACCUAGGCGUCGAGUUCGAUCACAGGAACGAGACCGAGACCGAGACCGAGACCGAACGGGGGGUGAGAUCGACCGAUACAUCCCCGGUUCCGAACGGGCAAAGGAAUUACGAGAGACGGGCAAGGAAGGCGAGGCUGAACCCUUGGCUCCGGUUGAGGCUCCUAAAGAUACAGAUGACCGCCGGAUUCGUCGCCGCAGUCGCAGUCGUCGAAGAAGCCGAAGUCGAAGCCGACGAAGAAGCCCUAGUCGGCGUAGGAGUCGCAGCCGCAGAAGGAGCCGAAGUCGGUAGAUCUUACAAAAGCUAAGAUUUAGCGGGAAUGUAUGAAAUUACAAUCAAUACCCUGUGACAGUGAACAGAGCCUCCUGUAUUGAUAAUCUAUUGAAGCCGC